GCAGCUCUUGGCCCGUGCUCGUGAUCCCGCUGUCCGCGGUUUUGGAGGUCCUGGUUCCUGGGCUCCAGUCUGGGGCCUUGGGGAGGACACAGCCACAGGCUAUGGCGCCGUAGCGUCCCGGCACCGUCUCCUGACCGCCUGCGCCGCGAGGUCAUGUGCGCCCUCGUGAGUCGGGGCUGCGGGCGCGGAUGGCGGCUCGCGCCGUGGGCCGCUGGGGCCGCGCGCUGGGAGCUGGCUCGGCCCGAAAAAUUGGACAUGUCUAGAUUUCCUGUUGAAAAUAUUAGAAAUUUCAGUAUCAUUGCACAUGUGGAUCAUGGCAAAAGUACUUUAGCUGACAGGCUCCUGGAGCUGACAGGAACAAUUGAUAAAACAAAAAACAAUAAGCAGGUUCUUGAUAAGCUGCAGGUGGAACGAGAACGAGGAAUUACUGUGAAGGCACAGACGGCUUCGCUUUUUUACAGUUGUAAUGGAAAACACUACCUUUUAAAUCUCAUUGAUACACCGGGCCAUGUUGAUUUUAGUUAUGAAGUAUCCAGGUCACUUUCUGCUUGCCAGGGUGUUUUACUUGUGGUUGAUGCAAAUGAGGGUAUCCAAGCCCAAACUGUAGCAAACUUCUUUCUUGCCUUUGAAGCACAGCUGUCAGUAAUUCCAGUUAUAAACAAGAUAGAUCUUAAGAAUGCUGAUCCUGAAAGGGUUGAAAAACAAAUAGAAAAAGUGUUUGAUAUUCCAAGUGAUGAAUGUAUUAAGAUUUCUGCUAAACUUGGAACAAAUGUUAAAAGUGUUCUUCAAGCAGUUAUUGAGAGAAUACCCCCUCCUAAAGUGCAUCGUAAAAAUCCCCUAAGAGCUUUGGUAUUUGACUCCACCUUUGACCAGUAUAGAGGUGUGAUAGCCAAUAUAGCAUUGUUUGAUGGAGUGGUUUCCAAAGGAGAUAAAGUAGUAUCUGCACAUACUCAGAAGAUUUAUGAAGUUAAUGAAGUAGGAAUUUUGAAUCCUAAUGAGCAGUCAACUCACAAAUUAUAUGCAGGACAGGUGGGCUAUCUGAUUGCUGGGAUGAAAGAUGUCACUGAAGCUCAAAUAGGAGAUACAUUAUAUUUACAUAAACAACCAGUGGAGCCCUUGCCUGGGUUUAAAUCAGCGAAACCAAUGGUAUUUGCAGGAGUGUACCCUAUAGACCAAUCUGAAUAUAAAAACCUGAAGAGUGCUAUAGAAAAACUAACUUUAAAUGACUCCAGUGUGACAGUUCAUCGAGACAGUAGCCUGGCCUUGGGUGCUGGAUGGAGGUUGGGAUUUCUUGGACUUUUACACAUGGAAGUUUUCAACCAGCGACUAGAACAAGAAUAUAAUGCUUCCGUUAUUUUGACAACCCCUACUGUUCCAUAUAAAGCUGUUCUUUCAUCAGAAAAGCUGAUCAAGGAAUUUCGAGAAAAAGAAAUUACAAUCAUCAAUCCUGCACAAUUCCCUGAUAAAUCAAAAGUAACAGAAUAUUUGGAGCCAGUUGUUUUGGGCACUAUUAUUACACCAGAUGAAUAUACCGGAAAAAUAAUGACCCUUUGCCAGGCCCGAAGAGCAGUUCAGAAGAAUAUGAUGUUUAUUGAUCAAAACAGAGUUAUGCUUAAGUAUCUCUUCCCUUUGAAUGAAAUUGUGGUAGAUUUUUACGACUCUUUGAAAUCCCUGUCGUCUGGAUAUGCUAGUUUUGAUUACGAAGAUGCAGGCUACCAGACAGCAGAACUUGUAAAAAUGGAUAUUCUACUGAAUGGAAAUAUUGUAGAGGAGCUAGUCACUGUUGUACACAAAGACAAAGCACACUCUGUUGGCAAAGCUAUAUGUGAACGUCUAAAGGAUUCUCUUCCUAGGCAGCUGUUUGAGAUAGCAGUUCAAGCUGCUAUUGGAAGUAAAAUCAUAGCAAGAGAAACUGUGAAAGCCUACAGGAAAAACGUUUUGGCAAAAUGUUAUGGUGGUGAUAUUACCCGAAAAAUGAAACUUUUGAAGAGACAAGCAGAAGGGAAAAGAAAACUGAGGAAAAUCGGCAACAUUGAAGUUCCGAAAGAUGCUUUUAUAAAAGUUCUGAAAACACAAUCUGAUAGAUAAUUGGUGGGGAAACAUAAAGAAUUUUCAUAAAUUAACAACUGUAAUUUUUUUUCAUAGUAAUUUAUAUGCUGACAACAAUAAAAAUUUUUAGACUUGAUAGUUACUUUCAGAGUUUUAAUAACCAACAGGCUUUUCUUUGAAAGAAAGUAGUAGGUGGACAACAGCUUGGCUUCUGAAACCACAUUGCCUACUAUCAAAUUUUUGCUCCACUCAUUCACUAGUAAGUUGGUAUUGGCCAAAUUACGCUCUGCAUUUCAAUAAAAUUGGGAUUAUACUACAACCUCUGUAGUUGUUGUGAAGAUUAAAUGAGGGUUAUUAAAUAUUCAGAAGAAUGCAUGACACAUGGUAAGCACUCAGCAAAUUCUACAACUGUUUUGUUUUCAUCAUAUAUUUUUUUCCUUACAACACUGAAAGGCCUUAUAUUUCCGAUUCCAUCUACUAAGUUUUGUGUCAAACUUGUUAGCUGGAUCAGUUUUUCCAUUCCAUAUGAAUUACUUAUUAAUUGAACAGUACACAUGCAAAUAACAUACUAUUCACAAAUCUCUUGUUUUUGAUAAAUGUGUUUUAUCAGACGUGAACUUGAAACUGAAUGGUACAUGUAAGUUAAGAGCAGAAACUGUUAUUUCUGACAUUCAAAAUGCAUUUGUGUAAAAUGGCAGAUACAUGGUAUAGCAGAAGCUGUUAUUAAUGGUAGCUUAAUAAUUAUUGUCUAAACAUAAUUAGGGAAACUAAACUUUAGUUAAGUAACUUACUUUAGAUCAUACAGCCAGUAAAUGACUCUGUAACUUGAGAGCUCUUAACUUUUCUUUUACUAAGUCAAUGAACAAACCAGAGUACAGAUUAUAUUACAAUAUAAGAAGAUAAUUCAGAUUUUUUUUUUGUUUUCUACCUUGAAUAUCAACUGAAUGAGGAAAACAUCCACUAAGAAAGACUAUCAACAAUUAAUUUUAUACUAAGGUUAUUAAGAGACAGUGGGGAUUUACUCAAAAUUAUGUGGAAAGGUUAAGUAGGUUGAGAUUUAGUCCUAGUCAUGUGAUUACUCAGCUCAUACCCUCUCUCUCCCUUCUAGCUGACAGAAUAGAGAUGAAAUUUGCUACACCAUGACAAUAGUACUUUUGAAAAAUGGUAGGAUAUUUGGAACUAGAAAAAUGCUACCGUUACUACCAAGGGAAAGCUACAACUUGGUACCUGGCACAUUGUGUGUUGGUAUUUAAUAUUUGUUUGUUUUAUUUGGACAAAUUUUAUCCUCUUAACCUGUGACUCUAGGAAACAGUUUUACUUGUAUUAAUGAUACAAAAAAGCACUUACCAAUUUUUUAGCACAAUUUUAGUGUCUCUCCCAUGACCACUUUGUCAAGUCACAUGAUUUUAGUGAUUUGGAGUUAUGGGCUUCCUAAGUGUGUUCUGCCAGAGACCUUCAAUUACUGAGAUUUUAGCAAACGGUGAGAUGU